AUGGAUCCUCCUAAAAUAGGCAGCGAGGAAUGCAGCAGCAGCGAAUCCGGCUGGACGACAUACAUAGCCUCACCCGACCUCGAGCACGACUAUGCUGAUCACAACGAAGACGAAGAUGAUGAGGACGACGCCACCAUAGCCCGGAAAGGGUUAAAAAAAGUCGAGCAACAAGAAGCAGCAGCGGAUAGCGAUGACUCCAUGGCUUCCGAUGCAUCCUCUGGUCCUAGCGAUCAAUAUGGAUAUCUCGGGAGAAGCCACCAUGCAGGGACCAAUAAUCAAAGAAACUCGGCUGCCAAGAAACACCAAGGGAAGAAGAAACAGAUAAAACAAGAAAAGGACAAAUCGCCCAACACUGCAGGAAGAUUGAAGAAAUUUUAG